CAGCGCACGGUCACACUGCAAAGCAGUCUCUACACAACCCAAAAAAGAAAAAUAAAAAGGGUACGCAUUUUCAGAGCAAUUGAAGAAUAAAAAACGAGGAAAGGAGGCGGAAAAACGAAAAGGUUUAUGCUGCUUUUGCAUACCUGGCAUAGUAAGUAACGUCAACUCCGCCGGCGAAAGCCGUUCCUUUUAAAAAAAAAGUGAGCGUGAAAGGUGAAAUAAGCAGUGCAAAAAAGGAAAAGUGACCAAACAAACGAUAAAGGGAAACGGGAAAAAAGAAAAGGAGCCGCAACCAGAACCGGAAACAAAGGGAGAUUCAUGAGCUUCCUGCCGGGGGAGCCGGUGCCGCCGGGCUUCGAGGAGGACGACGUGGCCCGAUCGGCGGAUGGCAACAUAAUCUCCCUGGAUGCCAUCUCCAGUGAUGAUGAGAACUUUGGCCCGGCCGGAGGAGUAGCAGCCACUGGUGCGGUCCAAGUGCCGAAGGUGGUGUUGCGCAAAAAGAACCAGGCCGAAGAUGCCAGUGGACGUGGCGUCAAUCGAUCGCCACCGCCACCGGGGGGCCUGACCAAGCCCCAGCAUUUACCCACGCCCAAGGAGCUGUCCAUUCAGGCCUCCAUUAUCGCCCAGGAGCGCUACAAGUGGGAGAAGUUCCGUUGCAUGCUGGAGCUGCAGCUCAAGCAGCUGCGCGAUGAAACUGAAACGUACGAGUCGAAUCCCGAGAAGCAUCCGGACUAUCCGGAUGAGUGGAAACAGUUCUGGAAUCGACGCUACAAACAGCUGCAGGAGGAAAAGAAAUGCGAUCCCAAUCAAUACGAUUACAAGCCGGAGUGGAUUAGCUACUGGAAGGAUCGUCGCAUCGAGCUGUUCAACAUUGCGGUGAACAAAAUCAAAAAGGAUCUCAUGGAUAAGUUCAAGCUGGGCGACGAGGACGAGGAGAAGACCACGGAGCUGAUGGAGCGCUACAAGAUCCGUGUGGCCAGUCCCAGGGAGCCGCCCCCGAGCGCCAUUGCCGUAAACCGUCGCAAGCAGAACUUUCGCACCAAUAUUCGUGGUGCAGCGGGUGGCGGUGGCGGUGGUGGUGGUGCAGGCGCUCCCGAGGCUGUAAUAGAUAUCAGCGAUGACGAGGGCUCCAGUCCCCCUUCCCGCGGUCGUCCCUACAAUCGCCGUUCCCUCUCCCGAUCGCUGUCACCCAAACGUGGUGGCGGUCGUCGUCCGUUGCGCCGUUCCCGCAGUCGUUCGCCGCGACGCAAUUUCCGGCGCGGUGGAUCGCGCUCCCGCUCGCGUUCCCGCAGCCUGAGACGGCGAUCCCGCUCGCCGGCCUUCCAUCGCCAGCGCGAUCGUCCCGUUCGCCACUCCAGGGAGCGCGCCAUGUCGCCCGGCGCCAGGGAUUUCCUAGAUCGUCGCAGCUUGGAUCGGGAUCGGGAGCGGGAACGGGAACGCUCCACUGAGUAUUUCCGUGGCGAGGGCUAUGGUCGCGGGCAGCGCAGCUAUGACCAUGUGGAAACCUUCCGUGUGAUGGACUCGCGUGUGUAUCCGGAAUACAAUAUGCCCAAGGUGCGUUCCAUUUCACCGGCCGUCUCCUCCACCAACAACAACAGCAGCAGCAACAACAACAACAACAAGGAUAAGGAACCCUCAGAGCCCGUCGAAGAGGGACCUCUGACCGUGGUCAGUGUGCUGCGCAUGCUGUCCGCCGUGGAGGAGCACCUGGGCAGCCUGGGACCGAAGGCCCUCAACCUAUUGAGCAAGGCGCUGGCCAUGGAGAUGGUGCAGCCAAAUGCCGCUGAUGAUCUGCUGCUGAACGACGACAAUUGCGUCUUCCUGGAGACCACCAAGGAGAAGCUGAAGGGCAUCCUCAUCGCCGAGGUGUUGGACGAUCCGCAAAAGGUGCGCGUGGUCAAGAAACUGAUCACCAACAUAGCGGCCAUCAUCUUCCAGGUGAAGUCCAGAGGUAUCCCAGAUGUGGCCGAGGCCAAGGUGAAGGCAAAUGCCAAUCCGGCGCCCAUCCAGCUGCCCUUCGACCGGAAUGUGGUGGCCCCCAAGCUGGCCAAUGCCUUGGUGCUCAAGGGAUACUACGACGUGACCACCGGCGACAUGAACAAUCUGCUGCACCUGCUCACGCUGCUGGUGAAGACGGACAAGCAGCGGCGUCAGGUGGACCAGACCAAUGGCCUGGCAUUCCAUGAGAUACGGGCCAAGCUCGGUCUGCACAAGGAGACGCCGCCGGCUGUCGAUAACAUGGGCAUCGAUCUGGACGAGCUAAUGAAGGAGGUGGAGAACCAGCUGAACAAGGAGUCCGUGGAUGUGGUUGUCGGUAAUGUCGGCAAUGUCGGCAAUGCUGGUGCCGCAGGAUCGGCGGCCAAGGUUCAACUCGAUGCAGCCGGCGGCAGCGGUAGCAAUGGCAUGGAAUCUCUGACCGACUCCGAUCUGCAGACCCUGCUCCAGAACUUCAAGUUCCUGUCCAACGAGGAGCAGGUGCAUCUGAUUGGCCAUCUGCGCAAGCUGGAGGUCCAGGACCCGUUGCGCGUCGAGCGACUGCGCAAGUACGUCAACCUGGCGGAGCUGAGUGGCGAUGGCGAGUCAUGCAGUGAUUUCCUGUCGCGCGUCGUCAACAUUGGCGGCAGUGGUGGGCCACCAAAGGCACCGGAGAGAUCCAAGUCCAUGGCCUCGGGCAUAAGCAGCUCCUCGUUGCCAAUGGGCUCCGUCUCGUCCUCCACUGCCUCCUCGAUGGCAGCCCUCGCCUCGCUGACCACCAGACGUCGCAGUUCGGAGCACGAUCGGGAACGGGAUCGCGAACGCGAACGCGACAUGUCCAGUCUGCCCAUCAAUAAGCAGCGACGCAGCCGAAUCUCGCCCAGCUUUAUGAUCGAUGACGACGAUGACGAAGACGAUGAUUACAACUUUGACGAUCUGGUGAUGAAGGCCUGCGAUUCGAAUGGCGGCGGAGGUGGUGCUACUGGUGCCGUCGGCAUCGGCGGACAUGGUGGUAAUGCCAGAAAGACCUUCGGUCCGCCCAUCAUACCGGUGGAGUCAUCACCAAAUGCACUCACCUUCAAACCAGCAGCUGCAUCCAAGAUCUCGCUGAAGGACACCGAAAGCAUUAUAGCCAACUUGAUGGGCACUUUGAGCAAGGGCGGUGCCGGCAGUGGCUCCUCCGUAGCUAGUCGCAACUACAUGAUGAAUCAGCAGCAGCACCAGCACCAGCAGCAGCCACAUUUGAGCCAAAGUCAAAAGACUGGCCCGAAUCAUCAUGGUCAACGGCCGUCGGUCGGAGCAGGCUAUUCCAAGCAGUCAAGCUAUCCGAUGCAGCAGCAGCAGCAGGGCGGCAACUUUGGCCAGGAGCCCCAGCCUCUGAUGAGCAAUCUAGCCAACCGACCCGAUCCCAAUCAAUAUCCGAAUCAGCAGCAGCAACAACAGCCCUUUGGCAGCUAUAAUCCCUAUGCGGGCAAUGGUGUGCAGCAGAACUAUGUGGCCCCCGGACCGGGACAUGAUCCCUACGGCAAUCCCAUGAACCCGUGGGCCAACAAUGGGCCACCACAGCCGCCCUACAACCAGAUGCCCCAGAGCUUUUUGAACCCACAGCAGCAACAACAACAACAGCAGCAGCCGCCACCGCCGCCCCAUUAUAACAAUAUGUUUGGGGGGCGUCAUUAGUGGCCAACUAGUCUUAGGAUCCUAAGCCAUUAAGGCAUAACGAUUUAAACGUAGAAUACAAGAAACUAAGGAAAAUGCUUUGAAGUGCCCGUGACAAGUGAUUUAAACACUAUUUUUUUUUUUAGCUCAGACCCUGCAAAUGAAUAAAGCACUAUUAUUUUUCUUUUACAACUGAAUAAUAAUAAAAAUUGGAACGUAUUUGAGCAAAAUUCUGAACAGCAAAUAAAUAAAGACACACAAAAGUUAA